CUAUCGUCAUGUGACCUGUUUCAGCUGCUUUGUUACUACUCAGGCGUUUGCUGGACGUCCAGACAAUUUGGAAUUGGAUGCCAUUUCCAUUGUCAGUAUUGUCAUUGAGAGUUUCAACUUUGGAUUCUUUUAAGCUUGCGUAGCACCCUGCAGACAUUGUGUGGCCAAGCUUUUGAGGCUAGGAAAUAUCAGUUGUUGGCAUUAUAUAUGCAACGGUCAUGGAUUGUGCUCUUUAGGGUUGCAAUUCUUGGUCGAUAUAUUUAUCUGCAACCCCCAUCUUGAAGAUCCUUGGACUGCCAGAUGACAUUACUGAACUAAUCUGAAAGAGUUUCAAUCUGUUCAUUUCCCAACUCUCUGCAUUUGUAUUCCUCUUUCCUCUUCAGAGCUUUUUGCACUUGCCGUUCAGAAACUUGGUCAAUGCUGGAUCUCUUCAGCCAAAUCGGUGCUUGUUCCAGGUCUGUCCAGAGACUCAUUCACAGACUUGUAACCUUUCUGUGAAGCUCUCUGCUACAUCCAGUGUCAUGUUGUGUUCAGAAAAUUGGUAUGACAGAGCACUGGUCCUUUUGACAGAAAAAAGGUCAGUUUCAUAAGGGACAGUCAGCUGUUGUUAAAAUUAUAAUAACUAAUGAGCUGCCUGGUCAAAUACUUGCAAUUUUCUAAAAGUUAAACAAUACAGGUGGGUUGCUGAUAGAAUUGACAGGGCAGCAUUCCUACCAUUCUAUUUUCUGAAAAAUUGGGAACAUGAGUGACUAUUAAUGAAAUUUGAGUGAAAUAUUGAUGCUACUCACAAGUCCCACCAUGGAUUCUGGGGAACUUGGAAGUUUAUCUUACAAGGUAGCCAACAAACGAUUCGCUGUAAAAUUGAUGAAGCAGGUCAAAAUGUAAUAUACACCGGCAGGUGUAGGAAGUCCAGGUAUCAGAUGAAUUAAUUGUUCCCAGCUCCGAACCAAGACCAGAGCCUUCUUAUUCAAGUGGAGAAUAUGAUACUCCAAGAAAAGCAAAAGUAGGAAAGGAAUCAAGGAUAGAAGAAAUUAUAUUAUGCUACUAAAUUUGAAGCGAAAAUGCUGGAAGGGAAUUCUUUUUCCGAAAGCAAUUACAAAAGCGAAUUUUUAGCGUUGGCAUGAAGACAUUUCUGUAAUAUGAAACAAGAUAACUUACUUUCCUCUGUAAACUGCCUCCGGCUUGCUUCCUUGGCAUAUGAAUAUGCUCUUCUCCAAUUGCAAGGCAAGAAUAAACAUUAACCUAUAUAUGCUCCGGAAGCACUUUACCCCAUUAUAUUAUAACUCUAGCUAGGAAUUUAUGUUGGUGUCUGUUACAUUUCAUUUGCUUCAUUCUGAGGGACGCCAUGAGAGGUACUCUCUGUUACUUGCUCUGUAUUUCAUGGUUAAUGAGCUGCUCCAAAGCCGUCCUGUACAAGGAAGAUGAGGGAUGGAGCAAAGCAAAUGCCACAUUCUACGAUGGAUUCGAUGCCUCUGCUCCCAUGGCAGGUGCAUGUGGUUAUGGGAACCUGUACAAACAAGGCUAUGGAACGAACACAGCAGCUCUGAGCACAGCCCUGUUCAACAGCGGACUCGCCUGCGGAGCCUGCUUUCAGAUCCGCUGCGUCGACAAUCCACAAUGGUGUUUACCCGGCAACCCCUCGGUGCUGAUCACAGCCACCAAUUUCUGCCCACCGAACUAUGCUCUUACGGCCAACGAGGGCGGGUGGUGCAAUCCGCCUCUUCCCCACUUUGACAUGGCAUUCUCUGCCUUCCUACAGAUUGCCCACUGGGAUGCGGGCAUCAUACCCAUCCAUUACAGAAGGGUAAAAUGCCAGAAGGAAGGAGGAUUGCGCUUCACCAUCCAUGGAAAUCAUUACUUUUACCUGGUGUUGAUUACAAAUGUUGGUGCAGAUGGAGUUGUGGCGGCGGUGAGGGUGAAGGGAUCACAGACGGGAUGGCUGGAUAUGAGCAGAAAUUGGGGCCAAAAUUGGCAGCGGGAGGCCAACCUGGUGGGUCAAGCUCUUUCUUUUGAGGUUACCACUAGCGGCGGGAGCACACUCACUUCCUACAAUGUUGCUCCUCCCAAUUGGCAGUUUGGCCAAACAUUUGAGGGAAAACAAUUCUGACAAAUUAGCUCCUGGUUUACUUUCUGCUAGUCUCAGAGCUCUUGUCACAUUAUGACCCUGUUUUUGAAGUGUAAGCUUUGUCAUUAGAACUGGAAAUAAUGUAUCUUUUACAGUA